AUGACAGAGUCAGCAACUACUUCAUCACCGAUCAAUGAAAAGUCUAUGAUUACCAAUAAGGAAGAGCAAGCAUUGCCUGAUGCAAAUAUUAAAGAAUACGAAGAUGAUGCACAAGAUCCCAUGGAAAGAUCACAAGAAAUUGAAGCUCUGCAAUCUAUUUAUUGGGAAGACUUCAAGUUAUUAGCAUCGGAUCGAUUUGAAAUUACAAUUCGUGGAAAAUUAGAAUUGACUUAUCCUUCACCAGAUAACAUCACUCAAGGCCAUUUCUCUGUAUCGGAAAUUCCAUUUAAAGCGUCACACAUUGGUUUGUCACUAACAGUUACACACGUACAUGGAUAUCCAUCUAAAACUAUUCCCAAUAUUGAAUUACUUCCUUUGUACAAGAUUGAAAGUAUUUUAGAUCUGCUAAACAAGUCAUCACAAGUCUAUGCCCAAGUGAAUUUAAAAAAAGAGUUGUUGAAUGAGGAGCUUGCGGCUGUUAAGCAAUCUCUCCUAGAAAAAGCAGAAGGCAUGAUAGGAUCCGUCAUGGUCUAUGCUCUCGUUCAAGAAAUUGAAGAGUACUUGGAAAAGAAUAAUAUUGUCAAGAGCUCUGUCAUUUUACGUGUGACCAAAGACAGUGAGAUUGAAAAGGAAGAAAACAAAGCUUCAGUCAAAAUUGAUGCAAAAUAUGGUAAGGAAGUUGAGCCAAGUCAAGUCUCUGAAAAAACAAUUCAAAUUCAAAAGAAAAAAGUCAAUAGCAAGGGAAAUGUUAGCUUGGAAAAUAUUCAAUUUUUCGGAGUUGUUGAAGGCAGAAUUACGGUCAACCACUUUGUCAAUCAAGCCUCAGAAUAUUCUCAAAUUCUUCCUCGUGAGAGUUAUUGGCUAAAUCGAUAUUGUCAUGCUUCUGCUGCAGAAAACAGUUCUUGUUUUAUGGCUUUUGGAGGAAUCUUUAACGGAUCGUUUAGUAGAGAUUUAGUUUGUUACAAAAACGACAGAGCAUUCCUGCAACAAAACAAUCCUGCAGUUUUUGCAAGAAUUUUCCAUACGUUUAAUUAUAUGGCAUCUUUGAACGCAUACGCUCUCAUUGGUGGUCUUGGAGAAUCAGGAGAAGCUUAUAACGAUUGUUGGAUUUAUUCCUCAAAUUCGAGUUGGAUUAACGCGAAACCUAUUCCUUACAAAUGCUAUAUGCACACGACUAGCAUUACAGGAGAUAAAGUUGCAGUAUUUGGUGGCUUCGAUGGAGAAAAUUAUAUUGGAACUUUAAGCAUUGGUUUUUUUGGUGACAUUAUUGCAAACAACAGCAUUGAUAAUCGAUGGAGUGUCAUGAAAUAUCCUCAUGGGCCCUCUCCCAGAGCUGGUUCUUCAUCUUUUAUUGUGAACGAUGUGGUUUACAUUUACGGAGGUAAAGACGCCUCCACUUAUUUCAACGAGAUGUAUUGCUUUGAUUUGAAUAUGAAAUAUUGGAUCAGUGUGAUUCAAUUUGGUACUUGCCCUUCUGUUGCGUUUGCUGGUAAUUUUUGCAUCGGAAACAAUUCCAACUCGAUGCUUCUUUAUGGUGGAUAUAAUGGAAUGGAAUGGAACAAACGGUUGUAUGAAUUCUCAGUGACUACAAACACAUGGUCACUUCACGUGAACAGUCUCAUAGAUAAUAGAAUUGCAUUUUGUAGCGUUCAUGAAGCGUCCAAGGGGACGUUAGUCAUCACUGGUGGAAAUGAAAACAAAACAAGACUUAAGGGAUGA